CGCUGCAUCCCACAGCACCAGGGCUGGCUGUAUCUGCUUUGGCAACAGGGCUGGAGCAUCCUCUCACACCUGUGCCUGCCCUGGGGACAGAAACCAUCCCUGUGCUGGUGACGUCCUCCACAGCACCUGUCCCUGCAGACUUUGGCUCUCUGGAUUUAGUCCCUGAAGCACCUCUUCCUCCACAAAUGGAGUCUCUGCCCAUGGUGCCCUCUCCACCAGCUGCUCUGGAUUGGGACCCUGUCAGUCUCAGGCAAAGGGACAUCUCCCCAGCUAGCCCAGGAGGACAGGAGAUGGUCUCCCCUUCACUGCCUUGCCAUCUAUCAGUAGCCUCUGAACUGGGCACAGAUGGGUCCUCCAGAUGCCUUGGUCCUGGGAGGAAAAAGUUGGUGCUGGGACAGGGAGGUGAAACCACAGCCUCUGUGGGCUUGAUAGCCAGGAGUCCCUUCCCAGUCUUUGUCACUGUCCCAGGGUCUGAUGUGAGGCUUGCUCAGCCUAAGGGCCAUGUCAGCAGAGGCUCUGGGGUGACACCAGCUUCCCUGCUGGACACCAGAGAGGUGCACGAGGUGCCUGUGCAGCAUCAGGAUGGUGCUGCUAGUGACAAACCAGCUUAUGUCUCCAGAUUCAGGGGGUUUAAAAUGCAGGGGACCACAGAAGCUGUGCAAGUGGGUGCGGGACAGAGGACAGCUGCCUCCUUCAGCAGCACUCCUGCACGCCCUGAUCUGCCUGCAGCUCCGUGGGGAGAAACACUGCCAAGAGACCAAAAGCCGUGGGAGCCCCCUGGUGUACCCAGCAACAUCCGCAUGCCAGCAGGACAGCAAGGGAAACAUGCUGAUGUGUCAGAGCUGGGCCCUCCCUGGGUAACAGAGUACUUUCCCAUCAGGAGCUGCCACCUCAUCUUCCAGAAUGGGUCUGGUCUGUUUUACCUCCCGCUGCACGCGGCCAUUAAACCCAACAUCUGGUGCAACUGGACCAUCUGGGCAGGCCCCCAGAAGCACAUUGUCAUCUAUGUCCAAGGGUUCCAGGGUAGCGAGGGCUGUGGCAACAACCAGGACAAGAUCAUCUUCCAGGGGGUCUCGUCAAGCGUGGAAACCAAAGUGGUGUUUGCCUGCCACAACCAAGGCACUCUGAUCUUUGCUGCACAAGCCACUGAGGUCCAGGUGUUGUUUCUGUCAGGGAGUGCUUCCAGAAGCCAUGAAUACAGGUAUUUUAGAGGACAGUAUUAUGUAUUCAGAGACUCUGAAACGGUGGGCUCUUCAAGUGAUACCAUAACAGCUCCCCAGGAGACCUCUAAAAAUAGGAGCUGGGCGACAGUGGUGACCAAAGGUUUGUUGUCCAUGCUGACAGCUCCUCCAGCCCCACCAGCUGUGCCUGCUGGUGGCAGGAUCCAGCCUGACAUUAUGAGCCCAGAAGAAGUGGGCCAGCAUUCUCCUGAUCUCAUGGAAGAUGGUCAGCCUGGUGCUAACCAGACUGAGCAUGGUGAGGAUGAAACCAGGCUGGAAAGGAACCUUAAGGACAGUGGCAGCAAGGGCAGAGAAAAUGAAGAUGACAUGUUGGUGGAGCCAGCUCCAGCUGGGCAAGACACUGGGGGCAAAGCUGAGCCACCUGCCUUGGAGCUGUCCCCUGGGACACCUCUGGCUACCAUGGUCCCAUGUCACCCAGCUGGUUUCCCUUGCUCAGAGAUGACCAGCAGCAGUGUAGGUGUUUCUGACACAUCACCUACCCUGGGUCAGGCCAGUGGCAGCCCCUCAGAAGUGGCAGCUGCUGCAUACCACACACAUACACCAGGGCUGGCAGAGCCACCACUGAACAUCAGCACAAAACCACCUCUCUACCCCUCUCCUGGUGUUACUGCUGCUGAUGUGGUGUCUCUGGGAGGAAAGACUGAAGACCUCUUUGAUGUGCUGUUUGAAGUCAGUGUUGAAAUCAAACCCAAGGACUGGAUUCCUUACAGUGGGAGUGAGUUCCAAAAGGGUCUCCUUGAAUCUCUGAAGAAUCACAUCCAGAAGAACCUGAAGCUUUCUGCCAACAGAGUCAGUGAAAUAAAGUUAAGGGAUGUCAAAAGGACGAAGGAUGCCAACCUGCUGCUCACCUUCUGGCUGCACCUGGAGCCAGAGGAGAGGAACGUGUCUCUGCUCCUGCGCUCACAGCUGGAGGAGGUCCUUGGCACCUCGGUGGCUGUGGAGAAGUUGCAGCUUGUUUCACUCUUCGUUGAAGAUGUGAACGAGUGCCAGGCUGGGCUUGGCCUCUGUGGCGAGGAGGCGGAGUGCUUCAAUGGCGUGGGCACUUACCUGUGCCGCUGCAAGAAGGACUACGAGGACCAUUCUCCCAGCAAGUCCGGCACGCUCUGCAUCCGCACUCCCCGAGCAGGGAUCAGCACCUUCCUCCGCCACGCUGACAUGCUGGUGGGGGCAGCCCUGGUGACCGGCCUGGUGCUGCUGGUGGCCUUUGGUGCCCUCUGUGUCACGGCCCUGUGGGGACAGGCCCCCAGGAGGAGCCCAAGGCCUGAGGAGCCACCGGUGAGGGCCGUGGAGGAGCCAGCCAUGGAGCUGCACGCCCUGGGGGAGUGCCUGCAGCUCGACCCCUUCCAGCUGAAGCUGCGGGCCAGGGCCCCCGAGUGGCUCUGGAGUGUCCGGGCCCACCCUGGCCAGGCGGGACAGCGCUCCCCAGAGCAGCCUCCCCCACUCUGAGGGGGCCCGGGCCUCCGAGGCCUGUGCAGUCACUCCUGCAUUUCCCCGGGUUUCUGCCGGCUGUGCCAACCCUUCUGCUGUGUUUUAUGGACCAUGAAUAUCCUACAACAGUGUUCCCCAUGUUGUAGCUUAAUUUUUUUAAUGCUUGCUCAGCUUGGGGAACAAAAUGUUUGCUUCACGCUGCUGUGCGUCUGCUGAUUUU